AUUGCAUUGCGCUAUCGACUUCAAACGAGAACAGGAAAAACUUGGAUAUGUUACUGGGCAUUGUUCACAGUUUAUUGACAUCGAGAAAAGUGUAACAAACUCGCUGUCCCGUGGUCAAACAGGAAAGAAUGAAAUCUAUAAACAUAACAUCAAUGUUACGAAUAUACGCUUGAUCAUGUUCAAUGUUACAUAGAUCACUAUGUUACAUAGAUCACAAAGGGAAGGAGAAAAAAAUUAAUCAAAUAAGCUAUAGUUAAAAUUAAUUUUUUACUUCAAAUCAGUCGAAGAAACUUGCAAAAAUUUCGCGAAAUUACAGAAAGUAGAAUCAGUUCGUAAAAAAAGAGUGCUUUCAAUUCGUGACGUCAUGAUAGAUGUAUUACACGUUAAUGCGAAGAAUGUCGACUUUGGAUGAAAUUUGAAAUUUCCUCGAGAUAGUCUUCAUCGAGUGACGACGUGAACGUGAAAGACUCGUGAGUAAGUUCUUUAAUUAAAGAUCUUGGGAAAUCCCCAGCGUCGUCGACCUCCUUCGAUGUCCAGCAUACGCGGAUUUGUUUCCAAGCAGCUGAUAAAUCGAAAAAGACGAAACUUGAUCUACCCGAUCUCGAAGACGUCUCGGAGGUACGUACUUCUUUCACAACGAGAUUCGUUGUUCCAGAAGCAUCUGUCCGCUCAGUCUGUAGUCGAACGCGGCAACGCGAGCUACGUUCCAUUCUCUGUCUUCUCGUCAUCAAUGAGCUGAUCGCGCAUAGUCUGAUCUCUGCGAGAAGCUAGUCAAUAUCCGUGGCAAUUUAAUUUGAAUUCGUUCAAUUUACACAACCGUAGAUCGUAAAGAGGAAUUAUAACAGUGCGUUGAUAGACAGUAUAAUUGAUGCAAACACUUUUGAUUUGAAACGAUAUUAGAGUGUGCUUCUGACACAUAUUUCUUUAAAUCGCAAAAUGAUGGACGUUGAAAUUUCUUGAAUAAGAGGAAGAAAAUUUUAAGGAAACAUUGGCGAGUUCAAUCGAUCGCGAAUCACUUUACGAAUCGAGAUCGAUUAUUCUCUUAGCAAUCGCUGUGAGUCGAUGUUUUUUCCACUCUAACGGUGAAAGUUACGCGGGUGACACGUAAAAAGUGAUUGACUUUACGAAAGAACGAGCGACAGGGACAGGAGAGUUCCCUUGAACAAUUCGGCACAGCUGGAAGUUUGGGUCGAGAUACAAUUGCCGCAGUCUCGUUACGAAUUUCAAGUUACAACUAUCCUCCAACGAUAUUAAAGUGAUUCAGAAGAUGAAACUGCUUUGCACGUCGGUCCUGUUGCUCUCGACGAUCGUCAAUUUACAAGCUUACGAGAAACUGAAGGGCAUCUACUCGUGGAAAGCGUUGGACUUUGCAUUUCCAAACGAGUAUGCUAGAAUGACGGCCAUUAACAACAGGGUUUUCAUACCUGGCUCGCCACUACCUAUCGACGUUGACGUUUACAACGAAGAGCACAAAUCGACGGUGUUUAUGGCCAUUCCAAGAUUUCAGGACGGCGUACCCGUGACCUUGGGCUAUGUCACCAAUCAGACGUCACUUGAUGGAAACCCCCUGAUCACGCCGUAUCCAAGUUGGACUUACAACGACGCAAAUAACUGUGCUUCUAUCAUCAGCGUUUACAGAAUACAGAUAGACGAAUGCGACCGACUGUGGGUCCUUGACACCGGGAAGCUUGAAGAGAAACAAGUAUGCUCGCCGAAGCUUCUCGUGUUCUCUCUCCGCGAGACUCGGCUGAUCACCAGCCACCGAUUUCCUCGUGAUCAGUACAAGGAAGACUCUCUGUUCGUCACGGUGGUCGUGGACGUUCGGAACGGAGACGACAAAUGCAAAAACACGUUCGCCUACGUCGCCGACGUGACGGGCUUCGCGUUGAUCGUCUACGACUUCUCCAAUUCAAGAUCCUGGAGGAUCAGCAACAACCUGUUCUACCCUUAUCCACCGUACGGCACGUUCGACAUCAACGGCGGCACGUUUGACCUGAUGGACGGGGUCCUCGGUCUUGCCUUAGGCCCCGUUCACAACGGCGACAGGAUCCUUUAUUUCCACUCGUUGGCCAGCAGAGUCGAAUCGUGGGUGCCUACAUCUGUGAUCAGGAAUUACACUCUUUUCCACGAGAACUCCGAGGCCGCGGCAAGGUCGUUCGUAGCGUUCGAAGAAGAGAGAUCCUCGCAGUCCGUAGCCGAGGCCAUGGAUCGCGAUGGGGUACUCUUCUUUGGCUUGAUAUCUGAUCUAGCGAUCGCUUGCUGGAACAGCAAGCACUAUCCACAGUACGGAAAGAAAAAUAUCGAGAUGAUCGUUAGGAAUUCGGAGACGUUGCAGUUCCCCUCUGGCUUAAAGAUUAUAACGUCGAAGAAAGGCAGACAAGAACUAUGGGUCCUCACGGCGUCUUUCCAGAAAUACAUGACCGGCACGUUGCGCUCGAACGAGACCAACUUCAGAAUCCAAGCUGGCUUCGUGGACGAGUUGAUUCGCGGUACAAAAUGCGACGUCUCUUCGUUGGAAACGUACCUCCAUUCGAAAUGAUGGUCGUGGCAUCGCGAGCAGUUCUCCGACUACUAUCAAAACUUUUCGCCAAAACUCUGGCCAUUUUUUAUGAACGAUCUUCCUUUCGAGUCUCGCUAUUUUCGAAGCCAGUUCGAAGAUUAUUAUCGCUCUCGUUACGUGAGGCGCCACUUUGACAUUAGGUCCGCGAACACGUACUCUUCGUGGACUAGAAAUAGAAGAGGUUCGCGUUCAAAUCGAGUUAAAUAACGAGUGAAAUUGCUUGGAGAAAUAUUUCAGCGAAGAAAUGAUUUCAGUUAAAUUAUUUCAGAAUUUUCACGUCACUGCUCGUGAUGUUUCUGAAAAUGUUCGUAAAUUUAUUUUAAGAUGGACGAUACACACAUAAGAGAAAAUUAUAAUUUUACUUUAUUUAUUAAUUUGAUUUAUUAGAUUGUAUUGUUUAUCGAUACAUGAUUUAUUUAAUCACGCAGGUGUGAAAUAGACUGUAUUUUCGGUUCACUGUAAAUAAUAAAAAAAAAAAUGUGAAUAUUGUU